AUGUUUCCCAUAUUCCUUUUUGUUGCCGGCGCUCUCGGCUCCGAAAUGAGUCUCUUAAAGAAACAAAUUAUACAGAUCCAGCCAGAACUAGUCAAGCACUACACCUCCAUCGUCAAACCUCUAGUCCCUCCAAGAAUGUGGGCAUCCCAAGCAGGCUUCUACGAACCGCUUGUAGGCGCCGCCGUCAAGCCUGUCUGCGGGUGCACCGUCGAAGAAAUGUUUCAGCUGCACGACGUCUUCUUUUCAAAUAUAACCAGCGAAGUCGACGUCGACUUUUACCCCCACGCAGACUCCCAACCCCUCGGUGGCGAUAUCUGGUUCGAGUCAUCCACAGCAACAACCGACACCAGCACAUUCAAAUGGGAGCACAAUGGCGAAUUCUCCCUCGAAUGGUCCUUCCAAGUCGCCGGUGCAGGUCCAAAGGUGGGCGCCAAGCUCGGCUACAAGGUCGGCAAGGACAACACCGAGACCAAGACGACCACGUUUACGGAAAAGAAGAGACUCACAUGCCCCCAAGGCCACCUCUGCCAAGUCCAGACCUGGAGCUUCUCGGCGUCCAUUCCCGGAAACUUCUUCAAGGUGCCGGCUGUUGACUUUACGUGUCUCCCGGCGUGCCUGCGGUGGAAGCACAAGGAGACGGGUCUAUAUCACGAGCUGAACACGACGUCUAGAGUGGCUCUCGCCGGCCUCGCCGGCCAGUCGGCGACGUGGGAUGCCCUGGGACAAAAGUACUUUGAGCUGCGGGACGAGCAUGACAAGCCCGUGUCUUCUUGCCCGCCUGGAGGCGAGACGAUUGUCGGCAUUCAGUUCCCCCCCGAGGGCGUCAGGACCGUGUACUCGCAGGCCAGGCCUCACACGCCUUCGGUUCCCAUCAUGGAUGAUUCCAAAAAGCCCUACCAGAUACAGAUCAUGCUGGACUUUUCGAGGAAGAGUUUCCCGGGCGAGACGAGGCGGGAUGGCGUGGUCGCUAACCUUACGCAGGAAGAGCUGGCUGCUCUGAAGCCUGAGGAUGCAGAGGUGAAGGCGUACGUUGUAGGUACCAAUAUCCCUGGACUUGAUGCCGACACGAAUAUUGGCAAGUAG